CUUCCAUCUCGGCAUCUCUCUCUCCCACGCUCCAGAGCUCAACCUUCAGCUCCCCGGACCUUCCCUCAUAAUUCUCCCGAGCUACAAGGGGAUCAUGGAUGGACUGCGUUUACCUCCACUCAUCGAGGAGGCUGUGGACUCUACAGAUGACCCCUGCGAUCUAAAAGCAGAGAUCAACCCCACCAUGGACAACGAGAUAACAGCCAAGGAGAGAGGCGUCCUGGAGGAGAACAACGAGAAGGAGGAGAUGGACCAGGAGAGGGACCGGGAGGAGGAUGGGGAGGAGAAGAAGCAGAGGGAUGAGGAGGAGGAGGGCGAGGACAAGGGAAGGGAGGAGCAGGAGCCGCUGACGGAGGAAGAGGAGCUGGAGGAGCUGAGGGCCCAAGUGCUGCAGCUGCUGCUGGAGUUGGAUGACGCCAGGGAGACGUCCAACAAACACCAGGAGACCUUCAAUGAGCUGCAGGGUCUGUUGGAGGACGAGCGUCUGGCUUGUGCCCAUCAGGCCGAAGCCUUCACUCGCCAGAUCCAGAAUCUACAAGCCCAGCUGCGUUCAGUGCAGGAGGAGAUGGACAGCCUGGAGGAGGAGAAGGAGAGCGAGCUGGCCGAGGCCCAGGAGGAGCUGCGCGUGGCUCAGGAGGAGGUGAUCCUCCUGCAACAGGCCGCAGAGGAGGCGGCGGGAGAGAGGGAGAACGACAUUGCCUCUCUCCAGGAGGAGCUGUGUCGCCGGCGGGCUGAGCUCCAGCGCCUCAGUGAGGAGACGCUGGAGUACGAGCUGGAGAUCACCACGCUGAGGGCCGAGAUCAGCAUGAAGAGUCAGCGCAGGGACGCCGAGAGGAGAGAGGGUGACGUGGACCUGCUGAAGGAGGAGUGUCGAAUGCUGAGGGAGGAGUGUCAGACCCUGAAGGAGGACAACAGACGUCUCAGUGAGAGGCUGCAGCUGCUGCAGAGACAGAGGACGUGCUCCAGCGUCUACCUCUCACUGAAGGAGGAAGACGCAGGGGAGGACACAGAGGGGAAGGAUAUGCAAACCGGCUCUGACGAGGUCAUGACAGAGAGCUACAUGACCAUGGCACAGUCUGGAAACUGUCGCCUGGUCGACGCCUCCAUCCAGAAGAAUAUUUCAUUUGAUGGGAAGCCUGUGACACCGGCCGGCUGGAACGGAGGCGUUGGGGAAAUCUUCUCCCUGAGGGACCAGCUGAGACAGGCUGAGCAAAAGGCCUCACAGGUUCAGAAAGAGUGUGACGGUCUGAAGACGGAGCUCCAGGAGCUGCAGGUACUGUAUGACAGCAGUCAGAGGGAGAGGGCGGAGCUGGAGGAGGAGCUGCAGCGCUGCAAGGCAGAGCUGGAGAAGCUGUCAGGGGGGGAUCAGAGAUUCAUCCAUCCGUCUGAGCACCCUGUUCUCUCCAUCCCCUUCAUAGGAAUGAUUGUAAUAGUGGCUGUGGUCUGGUGCUGGUUGUCGGAGCUGGCGUCCCAGAGAGUAAGGGGAGUGAGGUAGGUUGGAACUCCAUUUUGACUAUCACUGCGGCCGCAGCAGUGUUACUAAUGAUGACUAGCUUGUUGAGAGCUCUCGUCUGAUGUUGACUGGAUGGGCAACAACCACACAGGGACAGACGUCUGCUUCAGACAAGCCCUCCUCGUCCUCUCCUGCCAUGUCUUGUAGACCAGACUGGAAUCCUCUAAGGCCUGAUAAAGCACACGAUUUUGUAGUAGAACGUGUUUGAGAAAUUUCAUCAGUAUUGAGACGGUACUACGUGCACAGGCAGAUGGAGAAAGAUGCUCUCAGUCUCAUUAAAUGGAUGUGGGAUGAGAAGAUCACUAUGACGAUGACCUGCAGAGAGCCCACAUGGGACUGGUUUCAUGCAACCUAAUGUAUGCCAGUAUUCUGUCCUUUCUCGUGUCUGUGACUAUCUUUUGUUUUUUGCUCAUAAUAAUGUGAUAAAAUGAAGGUUCUGAUUUUGAAUGUGCACCAAAUGGUUUUCAAUGUAUUUAAGUUAUUUAUUUAUUUGUUUGUUCGAAUAUUCUUCACAGCUGUCUCCGACGAUAACGACGAACCUGGAGUCCAAACUUUUAAUACACUGAAAACAACAGCAAAUGCAGUUAGCAUUUUCUGUUAAUGAGUUCAUGACCAGAUUAGUAACUUAUUAUAAAAAUUUGAUCCAAUGAAUGUGCAAUCGUACAAAAAAUACAUUGGAAAUCACAAGACCUUCAUGAAUUAACCAAUCUUCUACCAUAUCUACUAUCCUGCCACUGUAUUUUUUCUUCUUCCCAACAUCAGUUCUGUCCAUUGUAGACACCAACAAUAUGCUAUUACAGGUGUAGCUUACAAAGCACCAGUAUGAUUACAUGUAGAAAGCUGAUGCCCAACGGGUGGAGACAGCACAUCCUCUUAGUGUUCCUCAGUUGUGCGCUUUGCUCCGAGCUCUGUCUGUCCGCCUGCUACAGCUUUAUCUUGUGUGACUCUGAAAUCAGACAACUCCCACGUCUCCCUUUAAUUAUCAGUUAACUAAGAGGGCAAAAGGUCAGCGGAGUGUUUCUGAUUCAUCCUUUCAAGCUCUCGGCUCACUUGAAAUAUCUGAACACUUUACUCCCACAGCUGCACUGUUACACUUAAAAUGUAAAUCUCUCUAGUUUUGUUCUGCACUUAGUAAAUGUCUCUUGGCAACUUCUGGAGCAACUUCUGAAAUAAUAAAGCUACGUUAUGAUGAUGUCUUACAUUUCAAUACAAUGUCGAUUUUGACUUGUAUUCUCUCAAGCAGAGUUUGAACGACUUGUUUUUUUCCAAGUUUGUCGACUCAACGAUUUAUGGGUUUUGUUAAAAGUACAGUGUGAUAAUGUUGACUGUCACCAUUCCCUAUUUCCUUGUUGUAUGUGAAGAUCUGCAGAUUUGAUUAACACCAGUCGCCAUAUGGUAAAACUUAGAGAUGCAGGUGAAGACAUUUUUCGGAAGGAUUUAAGUUGUCAAAGCAUAAACUUACUAAAUAUAUAUGUGGAAGGACUCUGAUUAUUGUUUACAUUUGUGAAACUUUUUUUGUGAAUCUCUGUUGGAACUGAAAAAAAGCAUGCUACGAAACAUAUAGAAGCACAAUAUACUGUGUGUCGGUUUAUGCUGUCUAUGAUACUUUGUAUUUCCUGUAAAUAUACGUGACAUAUAGUAAUAUCUGAGAGAUUUUUUCCUAAAUCCAUUUGUACUAGCUUUGUAGAAAGUGAAUUCUAUUUUGGGAGAGCAUCGUAUAUUUGAUAGCCAAAUCAUAUAAUGCUAUUUAAAAUUGUAUUUAUGGUUCAGAAGGCCUACUAGCAUUGCUAAUCAUUUUCAGUAGCUCUGAGUUCGAAGGUGGCCUUGUCAUUGCAUGCGUUUAGAUUGCAUUUGAUCUGAGUUGUCAGAAAGAGCCAAUAUGACUCCUGGUUUUCUGUCCAUUAAAUUUCAUAAAUUAACUAAAACCAAUUCUGAGAUGUUUGUCAUUAAACAGAAGCGUGAUAAGCAAUGCCUGGCCGAUGAUACUUCUACAUGUGAACAUACACUAGGAAAACUGUUUGUGACUGGACUCCAAAUGUUGUCUAUUUAAAAUGAUGAAUUCACAAUAGAAGCUAGAUUCCCAUAGACCUCAAUAGUACCUAUGAAUGUUGUUGGAUUCAGGAUGUUAUUUAUCAUUAUUUCUGAGUUUAUUUCAUGAAUAUUAAGAUUUUCAUAGUUUCAUAAGACUCUAUGUCGCACAGUGUUGCUCAGCUUGCUGCUUUACAUAUUGAUAGCAGUGUUGUUUCUGAUAUAUUUGUGGCUAUUUUGUUACCUGGAGGUCUAUUUUGUAUUGUAAAUGACUUGAGAAAAUAAAGAAACUCACCCCA